GGGACAUCAGUGGCUCUUUGGAACCGCGGCGCAUCGCUUUCCUUCCCGUGACUGCGGUGAUUAAAGUUCAGCUGCUCGCAGACGCGCUUCCUCGCGGGAAACUGCGCGUUUUAAUGAGCGUCAGUUUUCCAUUUCUCCACUUCAGAUCAUUUGUUGCUGUCCUACAGUCGGAGAGCUGCGUCUCAGCCCAGCGCACUGACGGAUACGGACCGACUUCAAGGAUCACAGAUGGACUGGCUCGCACCUGAGAUGUGAACCGUGUUAUGUGAGCCGAGGUGUUUUCCCACCUUGCCGGUGGUGGGAAGAGAUGCUGCGCGCCGUUACCAUGGCAGCAGAAGUUCUACUUCUUCUUGGGUUCCUGAUGAGCGGCACGCUGUGCAAUCCCAUAGCGACCCUACCGGUGAGCCGGGAUCGUCUUGAGAAGGCGCUGACCCAAUCCAGGGAGGACAAACAGCAGGAAAAGCAGGGCCCCGAGGAGCCUCUGGAAUAUGCUGCUCAGGAAAGAAAUACCUUUGGCCCCAACAGGACUGCCCUGGAUCUCAGCAGGCCGAACUUUAGCUCCCUGACACAAGGGUCCAAAGUCAGUACAUCCCAGGAACAGUGGACCGAGCAGGAGGCUCUAAACCAAAUAGACGAGGGCCCCACCAGCGACGUUGCUCGGUCCCUGGAUGCCAUUGACGAGUAUGCCUACCCAGACUACAGAGGGAAAGGCUGCAUGGAUGAGAGCGGCUUUGUGUUUGCCAUCGGCGAGGAGUUUACCCCGGGCCCUUCAACAUGCCCUUGCCUCUGCACAGACGAGGGCCCUCUCUGCACCCAGCCCGAAUGUCCCAAGGUUCACCCUCGCUGCAUUAAAGUGGACACCAGUCAGUGCUGCCCUCUGUGCAAAGAGAAAAAGAACUACUGCGAGUUUCGAGGCAAGGUCUACGCCUCGCUUGAAGAGUUUAAGGUGUCUCCAUGUGAAAAGUGCAGGUGUGAGCCCAGUGGAGAGGUGCUGUGCUCUGUGUCUGCCUGUCCUCAGACGGAGUGCGUGGAUCCUGAGUACGAGCCCGACCAGUGCUGUCCCAUCUGCAAGAGCGGACCCAACUGCUACGCGGACACAGAGGUGAUACCAGCCGGCCGAGAAGUGAAGAUUGACGACUGCACAAUCUGCUACUGUACGUACGAGGAGGGCACAUGGCAAAUUGAACGACAGGCCACCUGCAGUAAAAAUGAAUGCUAACAAAGCUAAAGACUAGCACAGCUGAGGAGGGACGCCCUUUCCAUUCCAAAUGCACACAACCGGGCUGUCACCCAGUUCGCUGGUCAUCAGGGGGAUACAGUGGCACUCCAACAAGUCAGCGUUCAUACGGUGGUCACUCCUCUACAACUGAAAAACUUUUAUGGACAUUUCUAAUCUUCACACAGAUUAUCUAUUUAUCUAUGUAUUCAAUUAUUUCUGAAUAUAUAAAAAUAUAUAAGGUCAUGCUAAUCUAGUGAGAAAAAUAUUUUUUAUAGUUUCUGUAUUUUAAUAAGCAAUGUACUGGACCAGAGGUCAAAAUCAUCAAAAGAAUGUACAGAACACACACAGCUGUCUCUGGAGGUGAAAACCUCAAUUCCUAAACAUCUGGUAUAGCCCUGACCUGUCCCAACUCCAGUGCAGAAAAAAAGAGCAAAAACCAAUCCUGACAUCAUUUCUGACACCGUCUAUACACCAACCAGAUUCCUGGACUGCAGCAUUCCUGAUUCAUCUGUCCCAACACCUUGCAUAACAUCAGUCCCAAUAACAGUAGCAACACCAGUUCAAAAACUUUACCCAACAAACCCCAUUCCAGGCCUGACUUAAGUCCUCAAAGCAGUUGGACAAAAGUCCUGACACCAGUCCACUUGACCAGACUUCAGUCCUGGCAAUCCCCUUACCUAUUCAUGCACAAGUCCCUGAUUUAUCCAUACCCCAGUCCUAACACCAGUCCUGACCAAUCCAUACACCAGUCUUGACCAAUCCAUACCCCAGUCCCAACACCAGUCCUGACCAAUUCAUACACCAGUCCUGACCAAUCCAUACCCCAGUCCCAACACCAGUCCUGACCAAUUCAUACACCAGUCCUGACCAAUCCAUACCCCAGU